CUUGGACGGGACGUGGAGCUCAGCUUUGUCAUGGUGUUUUUCUGGCUCAGCUGAGGAGAGGAGCCGUGACCUGGAUCAGUACAGUGGGGUCACACACUACAGACACAGGCUCGCGAGUCCCUCCCACAGACAAUAUAUCAGGGUUCAUAAAGCCGGUUGGGCCGGUUUUUGGGGAUUUCUGCACAACCGGAAUAUCAAGGAAGAACUGGCCCGGGCGUCUGUGUUUGUGUCCUCUGGAGGACCGCUCCAACCUGUUCCCAGGGUGGAGAUUGGGGGGAGGGGGGAGCGCUCUCCAUGCCUCCUUUUCCUCUCUUGCUUUCUCUCUCUGUUUCUUUAUCCUUCUCUGGCACCGAUCAACCAACUCUCCAGGGCUAAGGACGAGAGGGAUUCUGAUUCUGAUUGGAGCAGAAGGGACAAUCGGGUUGUUGAUGGUACUGGGAAGAGUUGAUGACAUUGCUGUCUGUAGUGGAUGACAGCUGAGCGAAAGAGGGGCUCUGUGUCCAGGUCAGCUGUGACAGCCUAGUGUUACCAUGGCUCUGGAGGGUUUCAACAAGCUCUUCCACAAACUGAGGGAGGCCCAUGAGAGAGAGGUCAAAGAGUGGCAAGAGACAUUUCAGGAGCUGAACAAUAAAAACAGCUGUGAAACAAAGCAAAUGGAGGAGCUGUUUAACAAGAACCAACAGCUGAAAGAGCACCAGAGGUUACUUACAGAAAACAUCAAACAGCUGGAAAAUAGGUUGAGGGCGGGGCUCUGUGACAGGUGUACUGUCACUCAGGACGUGGCCAACCGCAGGCAGCAGGAGUAUGAGACCUCCCAGAUCCAGAGCCUCCAUCAUAUUUCCAUCCUGGUGGGAAAGAUGAACAAAAUGAAAAUGGAGAACCAGAGACUGCAAGAGGAAGUCAGUCAUCUGAGAGGAGCACAAGAGGGUCAGGGUGGACAUUCCUCCUCCCAUGAUGCAACCCCGGAGGUCAGGCAGUCUGCUGACAUUUCACCUUCUGCUGUGCCACACGCCACAGCCAUCAGGUCUCUCAGCCAGCCACCAGAGGGCGCCACUGCGGGGCUGUCCAUAGUCAAUACUGAGACGGGCCACAGACGUUCCUUUGUAGCUGACGAGACGCUACUUGAACGUAGACAUGUGAAGGGAUGGAAUGGAAAACAAUCCUAUAAAUCCCAUAAGCCUCUAUUCAUGUCCACUCCCAUCCCACAAGCAUUGAGGCCAGAGCAAAGUACAGCCAGAGGCAACACUGGGGAGAAGAGAGUCCAUAGUAUGGAAACAAUUGGCCAGCAGCGCUACCCUGUCACUCCCUCCAUUCCCCCCCACCUGUUUGUCCUGAAGAACACCCCUCUCCCUUCUUCCUCCUCUUUAUCCUACUCCUCUCUACGUGGAGAUGAGAAGCAAAAAUGUGACCUGGUCCAUGCCCCGGUCCCCUACCGUCCAUUUCCUAUCAAGAGUGCUCAUCUCUCUGUCCCCUGGCCCCUGCCCGAGCACUCUGACUGGGGCACCCUGGCCACCUCUGUUGGCGAUGGCCUGGUGGUCCACCCCAACCCUAACCCCAACCUCCAGACCUUCCACCAGCAGAGCAGCAGCAACAACCAGAGCAGGGGGCAGAGCACUGGGCAGGCCUGGCCCAAGCCUGGGAAGAGCCCAGCUGCACGGGUCCAGGACCAAGACAGGCGGGGGGUGCAGCACCCAUGUCGGGAGGUGUUGGUACAGCCAGAGAGGGUGUUUGGGGAGGGGCUGAAAGGGGCUGACUCUCCUCUGGACCUGUCUGACCCUGGGAGGUUCAAAAGCAGUAAGUCAUCACAGGACAGCAAGGCCAACCCCACACUGCAGGAUGUAUACAUAGAGGGAGAGACAUCUAACAGUGCCACGAGGACAGAAUCCUCCCCACAGAUCCAGUCCAGUCCUCCCUCUUCCUCUUCUUUUCCACCUGCUCCUCCCUCAUCCUCCUCUUCUACACCUCCCUCCAGCCAACAGAGGCAAAGCCCCAGUGAUCACAACCUCAAGGAGGGAGGGCAAUCAGAGAUGGUGGAAGCUGACGGGAAAACAGAUAAAAGAACAGGAAAGGAGUCUAAGGACAGGAAAGACCCUGUUCUGACCAUCUCACUGCAUCCAGUGGUGCUCCUUGAGGCUCUGAAUUAUGGAUUACAGAAUCAACUUUACUCCAACGGCAAGGCAACCCAAAGCACGGCUGCAGGGAGCAACUCAGACGACCAGGAAGUGGAGAGCAGUCUGUCUGGGUCAGAGAGCAGCCAGAGUUCCAAGAGGAAGUGGACUAGGCUGGAUACAGACACAGAGGCUCCUCGUCAGAAGGAAAAGAGGAUCAACCUUCUUAGUACAGUAACUGGGGAAGAGCCCACAGAAGUGAAACAGAUGACCGGUCAAGGAUAAAAAUCACACCGUCAUGUGACGUUCAAUGUAAAAAAGGAUCAAGGCAUUGUAGUCCACAGGAGGACAUCUAACGGCUGUAUUCCACCCUCCUCAUCACCCCUCAUUGCAAUGAAAAUGUCUGCCUUGCUGGAACAGAGGGACAGACAGUGUCAAAGACUUGAACAGAGCUUCUUCCAUCUGACUGUUGUCCUUUCAGUAGAGGGUUCUUGCUAGUGGGCGUUAUGCAUUUCAAUGGAAUAGCCUUGAUAGUGACUAGCUAGAUAAUAACCUUGUGAUUAGUAUUCAAUUAUCCUCCAACUGAUCAUGUAUUUCACGCUGACUUCCCAGUAUUGCUGUUGUCUCAGAAGGCCAAACAGGGGAGUUGACACUGUACUAGAGCGCCGGCUUUAUCUCUCUCUCUCUCCCACUCUCUCGCUCUCGCUGUCUCUGUAACCCCUAUCUCUACUUCUCUCUCACACUAAUCUUGUUCUCUCAUACAUAUUCAUACAUUUCUACUUCGUGGCAGAACUGUCAACUCCGCCUGGCUAUUUUUGUCACAAAUUGUUCUUCACCCCGUCCCCAAACGUUCUUCUUCCUCUUUUUGGUUUUCAGAAAGCACAUAUUUUGCAAGUCUUAACUUUCCACUUGCAGCUGCCACAAAGUUUGUGUCAAUGUGGUGGGGUGAUGUGGGGGGUAAGAGUGUGGAGGGGGGGGGGACAACACGAUAGUUCUGAAGCCAUUAUGGACUCUCGUUGAUCUCUGCUUUUUUACUAAUGUCAUUAGAGUCCAUUAUGUUCAUUGUCAGUAGGCAACUAUGUGAACUUAGUGUACUCAGUGUUGGAGAAAGCUCUGAGAGACACUGCUCUACCAUGUUUACUCCGCAUACAAAUGUGUUCUCAAUAUGUGACAUUGGGAUAUUAUACACUUAUGCUAUGGUUCACCUUUGUUUUUCCAAUGAAGGUAAACAAUCUUCAAACUCUUAGAGACACUGUUGUGUACUAGCUAUAAAAUCAAUAUUGAAUGUGUAUUUUUUUUUUUAAAGCAGUCUGAAUAUGCAGUAUACCUUAACAAUGUUAUGAAAAAUAAAACAUGGUUAUUUGAAUUAUAAAA